CCUAGGGAAAUUCAACCCCGCCCACCUUAAGCAUGAGCCCGCACAUGCUGAAGAUCAUGCCGAGAAGAUUCAUGUAGUCCGGAGUCGGGUCGUCCAAAGCUGGGUUGCACUCGCUCGGCGGAGGCUUAUACCUGCGACAUGUUCAAGGGUCAGAAGCGAUCAAGUCCCACCUGGGCUGACAACUUGGCGUGGACCACGGCCACGACCAGAGACGCCUUGCCAUGACUUGCUGGACUGCUCACCUCAGCACUUUGUUGGGUCUCCGUGGGUCGGACAUAUUGUUGGUGGACAUAACGAACCAAAGACCACGCCGGACCUCUUUCACUGCUAGAACAGCAGCUUCCGUUGUGGGAAUGAAGGGUGGCUUUUAAGAGUAACACGAGCAGUCUAGGGCUUUUGCUUCCGGGACUAGGACUGCUCUCAGCCAAAGAAUGGAGAAUAAGAAAAGGCCAGAAUAGCUCCUAGAAAGUAGGCAAUGUGGAAAAAACUGAAAGGGACCUUUAGUAUUUCUAACACUGUCAUUAACGCGAUGAAAAUUUGAACACGGAAGUGCCAAGCAGGAAAUAAAUCCUGGGGGACAAUAAUAAGGUUACACCCGAGCAAAGGUUUUGAAACCCUGGAAGCAAGGCAGUCGAUACAGAGGUCAGCAUUGCGGGUAGCGGACUAAUACUUUUGAAAUAUGGCUUUUCCUGAGCCAAAACCGCGGGCCCCGGAGCUGCCGCAGAAACGGUUGAAGACGGUGGACUGCGGCCAGGGCGCGGUGCGAGCCGUGCGAUUUAAUGUGGAUGGCAACUACUGUCUGACGUGUGGCAGCGAUAAAACCCUAAAACUGUGGAACCCGUUGCGUGGGACGCUGCUGCGGACGUACAGUGGCCACGGCUACGAAGUGCUGGAUGCAGCCGGCUCCUUUGACAACAGCCAUCUCUGCUCUGGUGGUGGGGACAAAACGGUGGUGCUGUGGGAUGUGGCAACUGGGCAGGUCGUGCGCAAAUUUCGGGGCCACGCUGGAAAGGUGAACACCGUUCAAUUUAACGAAGAGGCCACAAUCAUCCUGUCUGGUUCUAUCGAUUCCAGUAUCCGAUGCUGGGACUGCCGUUCUCGGAAGCCUGAGCCCGUGCAGACGCUAGAUGAAGCCAGGGAUGGCAUAUCCAGUGUAAAGGUGUCAGACGAUGAGAUCCUGGCAGGCUCUGUGGACGGCCGCGUGAGGCGCUAUGACCUAAGGAUGGGGCAGGUCUUCUCCGACUACGUGGGCAGCCCCAUCACCUGCACCUGCUUCAGCCGGGAUGGGCAGUGCACGCUGAUAUCCAGCCUGGACUCAACUCUGAGGCUUCUAGAUAAAGACACAGGGGAGCUGCUGGGCGAGUAUGUUGGCCAUAAGAACCAGAAGUACAAGCUGGACUGCUGCCUGAGUGAGCGUGACACACACGUGGUCAGCUGCUCUGAGGAUGGGAAGGUGUUCUUCUGGGACCUGGUAGAGGGUGCCCUGGCACUGGCCCUGCCCGUGGGUUCUAGUGUGGUACAGUCACUGGCUUACCAUCCCACGGAACCCUGCCUGCUGACAGCCAUGGGGGGCAGCAUCCAGUACUGGCGAGAAGAGACCUAUGAGGCAGAGGGUGGGGCAAGCUGAGGCUUAGGGAUCUGACACCAAGCUAAAGGACCCAGACCAACUCAGAAGACCCAACAAAGACCGUUUAUUCUAGAGACACUGCUGACUAAGGAGU